UUUUGAUCAAAUAGAAUCCAACGACCUUUAUCUUUUCGCCGAACUAAACUUUUUUAUUUGUGUCCAAUUGUUUGACUUUCUUUCACACUACAUCCACAAAGAAAAAAAAAGACCAUUCUUCUUCUUCUUCUUCUUCUUCUGGUCACCCCUCGUGCCUCUCAUUAACACCAAACCCAAAACACUUCCUUCUCUUUCUUCUUUCCGCUCUGAUCUCUGUUCACAUCUCUCAUCUUUAUCUCCUUUUUUUUUUUUUGCCUUGUGGGUCCAAAGUUUCUAUAUUUCCUCUUUCUGUUCUGUUUACAUAAUCCAUAUUCAGCUCAAGCAGCUGAAGAAGAACGAUCAAGAACCAAAUAUAAGAAAACGAAUCUGUUCUUAGCUGAUGGGUUCCUGCUUCAGUUCUCGAGUCAAAGCCGACAUCUUCCACAAUGGUAAGAGCAGCGAUCUUUACGGUCUAAGUCUCUCGAGUCGGAAAUCGUCGUCAACUGUAGCGGCGGCUCAGAAGACGGAAGGGGAGAUAUUGAGUUCGACCCCCGUCAAAAGUUUCACCUUUAACGAACUCAAACUUGCCACAAGAAACUUCAGACCAGAUAGUGUGAUCGGAGAAGGUGGCUUUGGUUGUGUCUUUAAAGGCUGGUUAGAUGAGACCACUCUCACUCCGACUAAACCCGGAACCGGUUUGGUCAUCGCCGUUAAAAAGCUUAACCAAGAAGGUUUUCAAGGUCACCGUGAAUGGCUGACAGAGAUCAAUUACUUGGGGCAAUUGAGUCACCCAAAUCUAGUCAAACUAAUCGGGUAUUGCUUAGAGGAUGAACACCGUCUUCUUGUCUACGAGUUUAUGCAAAAAGGAAGUCUUGAGAAUCAUCUAUUCAGAAGAGGUGCAUAUUUUAAGCCACUCCCAUGGUUUCUACGGAUCAAGGUUGCGCUUGAUGCAGCAAAGGGGCUUGCUUUUCUUCACAGCGAUCCCGUCAAAGUGAUAUACCGUGACAUUAAAGCCUCGAACAUCUUACUUGAUGCGGACUACAACGCAAAACUUUCUGACUUUGGACUAGCUAGGGACGGUCCAAUGGGUGAUUUGAGCUAUGUUAGUACAAGGGUCAUGGGUACAUAUGGCUACGCCGCACCUGAGUACAUGUCAUCAGGUCACUUGAAUGCAAGAAGCGAUGUGUACAGUUUCGGAGUAUUGCUUCUAGAGAUUUUAUCAGGUAAGCGAGCGUUGGAUCAUAACAGGCCGGCUAAAGAAGAAAACCUUGUGGAUUGGGCUCGACCAUACCUCACAAGCAAACGCAAGGUUCUCCUAAUCGUGGACACUCGGCUAGACACACAGUACCUACCUGAAGAAGCCGUGAGAGUGGCCAGCAUUGCUGUGCAAUGUCUCUCAUUCGAACCCAAGUCGCGCCCGACCAUGGACCAAGUGGUCCGUGCCUUGCAACAACUUCAGGACAACUUGGGAAAACCGAGUCAGAUCAAUCCGGUUAAGGAUACCAAGAAACUUGGUUUUAAAACUGGUACUAAGUCAUCCGAAAAACGGUUUACACAAAAACCUUUUGGCAGGCACCUUGUGUAGGCUUUUUAGAUUCGGAAAAUCGGUCAAGCUGGUAAUUGAGUUCCGGGAUGGACAUUUUUCCGGCGAGUACUUGAAACUGCGGAGAUCCGUUUUCCACGGAUUGUUCAGGACAAACCGUGCAGGUCGAGACUGAUAAUGGAUACAUUAAGUUUUCCGGUUACAUGUCCCAUACCCACAACCUUAGAGAACAUGUUUAGCCUUUAGGUUAGGCUUCCUUGUGUGCUGUUAUAUCGAGUGAAGUAUAUAACUGAGGUAUUUUUUACCUCUUCUGUUGUAACACUCUUGUAUUUUUGUUCCUUUAACAUUUGAUGUAGAGAUUUUCCUAUAUCUUCAGUUUUGAAAUCCAAAUUUGUUACAAGUAAAAAUACUAA